AUGGAUCUUUCCACAGCCGAUGACGACGAUGCUCGCGCCACCGAGCUGGAAGCCCUCGAGGCCAUCUAUCCCGAGCUCCGGCGGACAGACAACAGCUGCUUUGCCUUUGAGCUUGAGCUGCCCGUGGAACCGGCGGCGCCCGUAACCGUCACCUUUCCAGCGGCGGCUUCAUCUGACCAGCUUCUCAACGGCUCAGCAUCUGCCGCUCCAGCCCUGGAAGACUCCCUCCAGGUCUCUCACCUGCCCCCCCUUGCCCUGCACAUUACGCUGCCAGAAGGCUAUCCCGCAGAAUGCGCCCCUCUGGUCAACAUCUCAACCACGCCUCAGUGGCUCUCGGCUGAGAUGCUUUCACGUCUUGCGGGAGAAGCACCCCGGCUGUGGGAAGAAAUGGGACGAGACCUGGUGGCCUACACUUAUAUCGAUCAUGUCCAACGGGCCGCUGACGACGUAUUCGGGGCCAUCACUGCCGAAGGCACUCUUCAAGUCGACCCAGAGCACAAACUCGCUGUGCUGGACUAUGAUAUCAAAGCCAAGAAGGCGGCGUUUGAUAAGGAGACAUUCGAUUGUGGCAUUUGCUUAGAUCCCAAGAAAGGGUCAAAAUGUCACAAGAUGCUUGACUGCAGUCACAUCUUUUGCUUGCAAUGCCUCCAGGAUUUCUACAAUGAUGCCAUCAAAGAGGGCAACUUAUCAACCGUUCGCUGCCUGGCUCCCAACUGCGCCAAAGAGCGUGCCGCCGCCAUCAAGGCUGCAGGAAACAAGGCAGGCAAGCCCAAGACCUUUGUCAGCCCCAGCGAGUUGCUGCAGAUUGGCCUCGCUGAUGACAUGGUCAAGCGCUAUGUUGAUCUCAAGUACAAGACGGAACUUGAGUCCGACAAGAACACUAUAUAUUGCCCUCGGCAGUGGUGUAAUGGAGCUGCACGCUCCAAGAAGCACAAGAAGCCUUCGGGGCUCAACUUUGGAGAAACGUCAGAUGCCGAGUCUGACCAAGAGAAGGAGAAUGAAAAAGGGGGAAGCAAGUUCAAUCUUGGCGACUUGCUCUCUGUCUGUGAAGACUGUGGGUUUGCUUUUUGCAGUCGGUGCUAUCAGUCAUGGCAUGGAGAAUUCUUCCACUGCGCACCCAGGCGCCAAAACGGCGAGCUCACCGAGGAUGAAAAGGCCUCCAUCGAGUAUCUCAAGCUGCAUACGAGUCCCUGCCCAACCUGCAACGCCCCUGCGCAAAAGACUCACGGCUGUAACCACAUGAUAUGCUCACGGUGUGACACGCACUUCUGCUAUCUGUGCUCUUCGUGGCUGGAUCCUGCCAACCCGUACCGACAUUACAACCAACAAGAGAACGGCAAGGUCACAUCAUGCUAUAUGCGUCUGUGGGAGCUGGAAGGAGGAGACGGCGAUGAC